UACAGGUUCAUCAAUGCCAGAAGGAGAAUAGUUCAGCCCAUGAUCGACCAGUCGAACCGUGCAGGCAAGUCUCCCAUAGUUACUGUAUUCAAGUCUCGCAGGCGAAAGGCCUCCACAAGCCAUGCACCCGGUCCCUCUCCCUUUCCUGGAGCUUCCUCGGCCGUAAGUCAAGGAGCCCCCUACACCCCAGAUGGACAACCCAUGGGGGGCUUCGUGAUGGACGGGCAGCAGCACAUGGGAAUCAGACCACCUGGAGCGAUGAGCGGCAUGGGGAUGAACAUGGGCAUGGAGGGACAGUGGCACCAUGUAGUCUUUCGCCUGUCAAUCAAUCCUCGUCAUAUGGGGAAGUAA